AUGCUCUACGACCUCAACCUCGCUUGGUCGCCCGCGACGACGGCCGACCGCCUCCUCCAGACGCUGUCGCUCGCCCAUUCGCUCGGAUACGCCACCGUCGCCCUCAACCAUACGCUCGAGGCUCCCUAUCCUGCGAAUCCCACCUCACCAUUUCCUCCUCGUCCGGAGGCCUCACCCUCCGGGUCGAAGCUCCCACACGUCCUCCACCGUGCCACACUUCCCGUCUCGGACCCGGCCGCGUCAAGCUAUCGGCUUCACGCCCUCGCCAACGUAUACGACAUCAUCGCCGUCCGACCCCUCACGGAGCAGGCCUUUCAGAAUGCUUGUCUCACCCUCGACGUGCCCAUAAUCUCCCUCGACCUCACCACCCAGUUUCCUUUUCACUUCCGACCCAAACCUUGCAUGGCUGCCGUCUCACGCGGCGUCCGAUUCGAGAUUUGCUACGGCCAGCUCCUCGCCGCCGACGGCCGCGGCCGCGCAAACUUCAUCGGCAACGUGACGAAUCUCUUUCGCACCACCAGAGGACGUGGGUUCAUCAUCAGCAGCGAGGCCAAGGCGGCCAUCGGUCUGCGCGGGCCGGCCGAUGUCGUCAACAUGCUGAGCGUCUGGGGCCUCACUAACGAAAAGGGCAUCGAGGGCUUUCGGUCGACGCCGCGGAGCGUGGUGGUGAACGAGGGCAUCAAGCGCAACGGUUUUCGUGGCGUCGUUCGCAUCGUUCAAACCGCCACGAGAGAGGAGAGCGGCGCUGCCGCAGGUGCCAGCACCGAGGUCAGCCAGGCCAGCCAGAACACAAGCACCACAAAGGUGGCCCAGAGCCACAAGCGCAAGAAGGGCGAGAACGAUGGCGGCCAGCUGCUGUCCAAGCCACGGGCCAAAAAGACAAAGCUGGCGGCGGCUCCCGUGGCCGAUACCUAG